ACUACAUGUCCCGGCAAACCUUGCUUGAAACUUCUGGUCAAUCGUGAGAAUUUGACGUUCUAAUGGUGACGUCAUCCGCUCCUGCUUCCUCGCCGCCCCUUCUCCUAAACAAACCUUCCUUACCGCAUUGAGAAUGUAACACGUUCACGGAAAGAAAGAGGUUGUUAUGGAAACAGAGGCAGUGCCAAUAACCGCCUCGGCGGCUCUUCAUGGUCCUCUCAUCGGAGACAUUGGAAAUUGGUUAUCUAGAACUCCGAUACAUGAAGCUUCUAGACAUGGCAAUGCUUCACAGCUCAGACAACUGAUUGACAGUGGGAUCUGUGUGAAUCUGGUUACUGUGGAUUCAAUAACACCUCUUCAUGAAGCUUGCCUACAUGGACAUACGCAGUGCGUGAAGUUGCUGCUAGCUGCGGGUGCUCAGGUGGAUGCUAGAAAUAUUGAUGGAAGCACUCCUCUUUGCGAUGCCUCUUCGGCAGGUAGUCUAGAAUGUGUGAAGCUUCUCUUGGAUAAUGGUGCCAAAGUGAACCCUCCAAUUUUUACUGCUUCGCCCCUUCAUGAAGCAUGCAUGAGCGGCAAAUCGGAAUGUGUAAAGCUUUUGAUAGAAGUUGGAGCAAACCUUGAAGCUCAUGAUUGCCAUUUUGGAACACCGCUACAUGUAGCGUGCGCCAGAGAGCAUUUGGAUUGUGCAAAGUUCUUACUCAGUGCAGGAGCAAAUGUGAAUGCAGCAAAACUCCAUGAAACUGCUCUUCACCAUGCAGCAAAGGUGAAAAAUAAGGAUCUUAUCAAGAUGUUGGUGGAAUUUGGAGGAAAUGUUUAUGCCAGGGACAACAGGGGAAAGAAACCCUCAGAUUAUACGUGGUCAAACAGUCCUACUGCCAAAUGCUUUGAGUACUAUGAAAAGACACCUAAAGGCCUUAGCCAGCUCUGCAGGCUUAAACUCAGAAAAACACUUGGGCAAAAAGCAGCACAAAAGGUCCUCAAGUUAAAUAUCCCCCCAAGACUUAUGGAGUAUUUAACAUACAGUGAACUCUAAUAGGCGCUUUGGGAAGAUUCUCACCAGAAUAGGUAAUGCAUUUGAAAACUUUAUCUAAAGUGUCCACUAUAUAGAGCAAUGCUGUGCAAUUGAAGGCCCAUGGCCCUAGUCUGGCCAUAAAUGGGAAUAUUCACUCUUUUGGAGAGGUCACCAAGUGAGUGGAUCUUCUUCCGAUAUGCCCAUCGAAAGGACCAAAACGAUCAAAUUACCAUGAUGGGCAUAGGCGCCGUCGGAUCAGGGACUGCAUCAGCUUGUGGAAAAUCAAGAAGACUGCAUUAAUGUUUUGUGAAGAGCUUGUCAUUAGUAAAUUAAAUAUUGCAUCAUCUAGAUAAUAUAUCUGUUAUCUGUGACAUUUUUUACAGCUGUAAUGCACUAGAUGCCUAAUAAGUAAAAGAUGUAUGUUCGCUUCAGCUGAGGUACAGCACAUGCACAGUCUGCUUUAUAUGGGCUGCAUUAGGCCCCAAGGAGACAACUGUGUGUAAUAAUGUAGCAAGUGUAGAGUGUAGGAAUUUACAUUUGUUAAACCUGAUAUAUAAAUAUAGUUCAAGGUUAAUACAUUAUAAAUGUGCAGAGGUAUAAAAUGCUACAUCCAAAAACAAAUCAUCAGUGAGAGUGGCAUUAGGUGGUCUCCAUUUAAGCGUAGAGGAGUAGUAAGUGUAAUUUGCGAGUUUUAAGUAUUGAUUUUUAUUUUCACUGUAUUAUCUGGCUAGAUGAAGAUCCUGUGGAUUGGAAGGUUGACUCAUCAGAGGAUUUGAGGACUCCCUUUGAAUCUAAAUGCUGUAUGUACUGUAAAAAGAAAAAAACAUUUGUAUGGAAGAUGUAUCAUGUUGCCAGCAUACUUCAAUAUAUUUCCCUAGGAUAUUGCUUUCAUUGCUGAUAUAUGUGUAUUAAAAAUAUUUAUUUAUUUAUUCAAAUAAAUGUUAGUAAAUGAAAUAUGUUGCAUUCUAUAACAAAAUGUAGCUUGCCUAAUAUUAAAGCCUGGGAGCUACAAACCAAUCUAAGGGUAAAUGACUAUGUUUAGAGAGUAACAAUUUGUUCUAACCCCCUUGGCUGGAGGCAGUAAAAAUGUGUUUAAUUCCAACUGAAUUGCAUUGUUUCCUGUAGGUUUGGUAGUAACGCAUUUAGUAAAACAUAACCCCCCCAGAUACAUGAGUAAUUUGCUGCCUUCAAAAGCUGGGCACCCUCAUCUGCCAGUGAUUCAUAAAAUAGUAAAUAUACUUAUUGUAUAUCAAUGAAAGUUAACAUAUGUCUUGUGCUGUGCAGGUGUGUCAACAGGGUUUGAGCCAAUAAAAUAUUAUUAGUCCAGAU